GAAUAGUGACCUGGGCUGUAGCUCUGAAACAGAAGCAGAUGAGCAACAUAAAAAAUAUGUGGAGAUUAAUCCCACAGCCUCAGAUAUCAACAUGGCAGGAGAACCAAAACCAUACAGACCAAAACCUGGCAACAAGCGGCCACUUUCAGCACUUUACAGACUUGAAUCAAAGGAGCCUUUCCUGUCCGUUGGUGGUUAUGUCUUUGAUUAUGAUUACUACAGAGACGAUUUCUACAAUCGGUUGUUUGAUUACCACGGCCGUGUCCCCCCACCACCCCGUGCAGUGAUUCCACUGAAGCGUCCUCGUGUGGCUGUGACAACAACUCGCAGAGGCAAAGGGGUUUUCUCCAUGAAAGGAGCAUCACGAUCCACCUCAAGUGGGGCUUCUUCCUCAGGAUCCAAAUCACCCACCCGUCUUCCCCUGCCCCUUAUGUGGAGUGAUACUGUCCUUGGAAGCGUCACUGGAAGAGGAAGAGAAAGAUCAG